GCUGUGAACAUACAAAAAAAUUUGCCCGAGUUAACAACAGAUGCCAAGAGGGAACCAUAUGCUAUUGCCGGAGAAACUGCAGUAAAGCAAUCACAUCCUCAUAUGAUUUUGAUCAGUCCAUGCUCAACCCUGACCACCGAACUGCUUUCCUCGUCUUCACUGGCCUUCUCAACCUUGUCUCUUUUAAAAGCUUGCAAAAACGUCCGAAACCUUGAACAAGUCCACGCCCAGAUCAUCCGCAAGGGCUCUGAACAAGACCAUUUCCUCAUAACUCAAUUCAUCUCUGCCUGUAACUCUGUUUCUCCUAACAACCUCUCUUACGCCCAAACCGUUUUCGACCGUGUUCUUCAUCCUGGUGUUUAUCUCUGGAACACUCUCAUUAAAUGCCACUGCACACACUCAUCUCUGGCCACAACUAUCAAAUUUUUUCGGCGCAUGAAACAAAGUUAUUAUGUUGCUGCGGACAAAUACACGUUCCCCUUGUUGGUUAAAGCUUGUUCUUGUGCUUUAGCGUCAAGGGAAGGGCAGGUUCUUCAUGGGUUGAUAAUUAAGUAUGGUACAGAAGCUGAUGUGUUUGUUGGGUCUAGUUUGAUUGAUCUCUAUGGGAAAUGUCAAGAGAUUGCAAAUGCUCGAAAGGUGUUUGAUCGAAUGCCUGUCAGAAACGUAGUUACUUGGACUUCUAUGAUUGUUGGGUAUUCAACUAAUGGAGAUUGUUUACUGGCCAAGAAGUUGUUUGAUGCAAUGCCCCAAAAAAAUCAUGCCUCGUGGAAUGCCAUGAUUAAUGGGUUUAUUAAGUCUGGUGAUUUGUUAACUGCUAAAUUAUUGUUUGACGAAAUGCCUUGUAAGAAUACGGCUUCCUUCACCACGAUGAUCAAUGGUUAUGCUAAGUCAGGGGAUAUGGCAUCAGCGAGGUCUUUGUUUGAUCAAUCACCUGAGAAAGAUAUUGUUACUUGGUCAGCUAUGAUAGCUGGGUAUGCUCAGAAUGGUCAACCAAAAGAAGCUAUAAAAAUAUUCACCGACAUGCGUUCUAGGAAUGUUAAGCCAGAUGAAUAUGUCAUGGUGAGCCUAAUGUCAGCGUGUUCACAAGCCGGGGAUUGGGAGUUGGCUAAGUGGGUUGAUUCUUAUAUGAGUGAAAGUUCAAUUGACCGUAGCCAAAAUCACGUGGCUGCAGCGCUGGUGGACAUGAAUGCAAAGUGUGGGAAUUUGGAGAGGGCAGCAACCUUGUUUGAAAAAAUGUCUAGACGGGACUUGAUUUCUUAUUCUUCUAUGAUUCAAGGAUUGUCCGUUCAUGGCCAUGGUGUUCAAGCCGUUGCCCUUUUCCACAGGAUGCUACAAGAAGGGCUGACCCCAGAUGAUGUGGCCUUCACUGUCAUCCUGAGUGCUUGUAGUCAUGCCGAUCUUGUUGAAGAAGGCUGCCGUCUUUUUGAUUCUAUGAUUAAUGAAUACUCUCUAACUCCUUCGGCUGAUCACUAUGCAUGUAAAGUCAAUCUUCUUGGUCGUGCGGGAAGGGUAAGAGAGGCAUAUGAUAUUCUUAUAGGAAUGCCCGUGGAACCCAAUGCCAGUGCUUGGGGUGCUCUUCUUUGGGCUUGUAGGAUCCAUGGUGAUGUAUCAUUGGGUAAAGAGGUUGCAGCUCGGCUAUUUAAGAUUGAACCUCAAAAUGCUGCGAAUUAUGUGCUGCUAUCUGACAUGUAUGCAGCUUCAGAUCAGUGGUCUGAUGUUAACCAUGUAAGGAAACAAAUGACUGAGAUGGGAAUCAGAAAACUUCGUGGGUGUAGUUGGAUAUAGUACAAAUAGUGCGUUGAUAAUUUGAUCCUGCAAAUUACUUUUGAGGAAGGAAAUCUAAGUCGAUGUCUCGUGGACAUAGAAUCUGAAUCUUGACAUUGACCAUUGUAAAUAUGGAUAUUUUUGUUGCCUGGUGCCUGUGGACUUCUCAACGACUAAUGAAGCUAACGACAUCAUCUCGCAGGUUUUUUGGAAAGUAGGUGUAGGUGGUAGCAUGAAUUACAUUGAAGUCCAAAACUGAUAUUUGACAUAUUGUAAGAGUCCGUCUGCUUGCAUUAUUAAAACAUGAUAUCAAGAUGUUCGUUAAUUAAGUACGAGCAAUGGUUGGCGAACGCAGUUGAUCGAUGUGGUAUGCAAAAGCUUUGGAAGAUGAUGAUGGUUGGAAGUGCGACAUUUUACGUGAUCGUUGCUUGCAAUUUGGCAUUCGGAAGUGUUCAUAAGUGCGAAUGUUUUAGAAUUUUGCAGCAGCAGAUGAUGGUGGUUGUUACUUGUUAGUGAAGAAGUUAAGUUGGGUAGAAACUGAAGAUUUACAGGGAAGAGCUCUCAGUUCAUAGC